AUGGCGCUGACCUGCGGUGCCAAAUGUGCCAAGGCCCUUCUGAUCACCUUCAACUUCAUCUUUUGGCUGUCCGGGCUGGCCCUGAUCGGCCUGGGCGCGUACCUGCUGAUCGACGAGCACCGGUCCACGUUGUUCCGACUGUUCCGCGUGGACGACAACUACGCGCUGCCGCAGUACCUGGCCUUCGCCCUGGUGGGCACGGGCCUGCUCGUCCUGCUCAUCGGCUUCUUCGGCUGCUGCGGGGCCAUCAAGGAGAGCCGCUGCCUGCUGGGCACCUACUUUGCCUUCCUCUUCGUCAUCCUCGCCUGCGAGCUGGCCAUCGGGGUCUUCGCUGUCAUCUUCCAGGACAAGAUCAUGUCCGAGAUGAGAGACAACCUGACCAACGCCCUGAAGAGGGACUAUGGAAAGAAGACGCACGUGACCACGGCUUUCGAUUGGGCGCAGGCCAAGAUGCAGUGCUGCGGCGUGUUCGGACCGGGGGACUACUUGGAGAGCGCCUGGAAGGCCGAGAGCCUGGCCAGAGGCGACAACGUAAGCAAGACCUGCUGCCGCCUGCGGGACGAGACCGAAGCCGACGCCCACAAGAACCCCCGGCCCGUCAACGAGACCCUCUGCCAGAACAUGGACUCCAAGCAGAGCAUCUACAGGCACAGCCAGGGAUGUCUGGAUGCCUUGGAGGAUUUCAUCAGGCAGGAGAGCACUUUGUUAAUUGCCGUUGGCUGCGGAGUUGCCGGGCUUGAGAUCAUCGGUAUGAUCUUCUCCAUCUGCCUCUGCAAGGAGGUCUAAAGUCCAGGAGGCCUUCCCCACCGUUCCCUCCCGCCAUCGUGGACGCCAUGCUGGCGAGGGCCCAGCGUUGACCGCCGCUGCUGGCCAGCUUCCGCGUCUCUUGCCCCCAAACUUUCCACAAGCCUCGCGCCCGACGUCAUCAGGAGAGCCACGUGACACGAAAGAUCCAAGAACGACGUCGUCUUCGUCGUAGCUGCGGUCGUGCUAGUCGAAACCCCUGGAAUGAAAGAAUCUUCGUGAGGCAUCCGAGCCCCGCACACUGAAUGCGUUCGAUUGAGAGAAGAUGAAAGUGUGGCGCUAGUUUGAGUUUGGGCACUUGGUGAAGUGUUUCUGAGCAGCCAGUGCGACCGCACCGAUCGUGACCAAUACAGUCAAGUCCGCUCAUAACGAACUAGAGAAUAGCGAAAUAUUGGAUAUAGCGUAUCGUUUCAUGCUUCCUAAAACUUGCGCGCGCACGUCGGGUACUGUGUAAAGGCGAAUACGGCGUUAUUGUAGCUAUUUUAACCAGCAUAUGCUAUACGUUAAGUGACUUUGCCGGGCCAUAAGCAUCAAAAUCAUAAAGAUUUCCCGUAAAAUUUAGAUAUAACGAAUUCCGUAUAUAACGAACAUAACCGGGUUCGACUGUGCAUGGCCUGCAUGUGGCGCCAUCGUAUCAUGCUGGUACUCAUUCCCACCUUCCGAAUUCGGUGGUGCAAAAUGUAUGCUGGGGAAGUUACUCGCUCAGCAGCAAGGCCUCCGCAAUGGCCGCUGACAUGACGUCAAUGCAAGGCACAGCCGAAGCCUUCGCGUCAACGGAGACUUGCGUGGCUUAUUAUAACUGAAAGUGAUUGGGGAUUUCAUGACCUCUAUGCCGCAUCAUGUUUUGUUACAUUUCUUACCUGGUGCAUUGCACAAUUUAUUGGGAUUCACACAGUAGAAAAAAAGAAGACGCGGUGCUGGGGUGUAGCUGCCAGAAGGCAUAAGUGGGACCUACUGAUCGCGAAUGCUGAAGGGAGACGAACUCACUCACUACGGGAUCCUGAGCAUUCCUACCGUCAUUGUAGCCUUUUUCAUGUAAAGUAUCUAUAGGAGGAAAGGAAUUACUUGUUUUAAAUGCUGCACAAAAACAAUCCACCAGCGCUUUGAAGUGCUGACCAUGGUUUGUUGCCUAUAUAAUAUAAAAGUUUUACAGCAGCUUUGCAUGCGCGCCACCAUCUUCGUGUCAGGUGACCCAGCCGCCAUAGCUGGCAUCCAGUUUAUCGUCAGUGGAGUGCGUUUUCUGCUGUGCCAGCAACAACCAAAGCCUUAUUUUCGUGUUUUUUUUUUCCCUGUCUGCGUUGAAAUUACCCAUGGUUGCUAUAUUUUGUGCCACCAAAUAAUUAUUUUAAUUCAACUUUAAACCAUUCUAGUGUUUGUUUGUUUUUGUUUUCCUUAUUUAUCGAAUAGCAUGAGACCGCGAGUGCGCAGACUACACAAAAUUAUGGCCCGAAUAUUACGUCAUUCUAAGCAAUAAUCGAAGCUUGUUAAAGUUUCCAUCAGCUUACCAUUACGAUCCGGCCGUGUAACAAUGCCUGAGACGCUAUUCAUUUCUAUAUUGGUAAAGUGGAACUAAAUGAGCUUAACGAUGCCGCAAAUUCUUCACAUUUUCUUGAAAUUCAGUAGGAUGAAUCAGAAUUAAGAAAGUUUGCGCGAAUUCCGCAACGAUCACGUCACUGUAAUCUUUGCAAAUCAUACAUGAAAGCGAGCGGUCCUCGAGCGUUCUUGCUAUAAGGCAGACAAGCAGUCUGUUAUGCGCUGCGACAGUGUUUACAAACCUGCAAAAUCUUCGGUUUGUCGCCAUUGCUCGCACAGCCUAACCUUAUAUACGUGAAAACUAUUCGAGUGACUGACAGGAUUGGAACGGCGGGGAGAUAUUUUCUGGGUUCCGCCUCCAGUUCCCUACCUUCACUUGGCUGUCUCCUGAGAUUCGAGCGUGCAGGCGCAGCCUGUCCUUCUCACCCUGCCGGGGACUAGAGGUCAUUAAAUGAAUCGCAUGUAACCCUAAAACCUUGCGUUACAUUUUCCUGCGUCGAAGACUUAUUGCGUUUGUAAAGAGACACCCAGCGUAAAGUGCGUAAAUUUAACGUACUAUCCGACGAUUAACUGACGGCGUUGUACCAUAGACGUAGCGGUACUUCGAUGGUCACUGAAGUGCCGAAGCAACCAUUGUCAACACCGUUCUUCGACCUUCUUUAAUAGGGGAAUCGGUGCAUUGAAGCUGGCCCUAAACGUGGACAGUGCGUGGGCGCUUCGCGCUACUAAGUCAUGUUUAGUGCACACAGCGUGGUUCCUGCUGUCAGCUUUCUCUGAAAGCUUCCACCGAGCAGGUUUUGCCCGAUCGACGCGGUUUACGCGUCCCAUUGCGGUCGCAAUCGAUGACUCCUAGACCCGGAGGCUGCAAGAGCAAGCGCGAUUGAAUUUGGAGGUCAGCAAUGGCGGUUCGGAGGGCCCGCCGACUGCUGGCGGCUCGGGUAACCGAAGCGCGAAAUGCGUCUACAGUGGGCAGAAAGAAAGGUACAAUGCAACGGGGGUCAUCAAAGGCGCCACCUUUUCAAAACGUGAAUGACUCAGUGUAAUAUACUUUUUCGCGAGAACCACUCUCUCAGUGCUACUGCGUAGAACGAACAAUCGAAUGCACUCGUGUGCGUUCGUGUGCCUAGUAGUGUUGUUUUCAGUGUCACGUGUGCUUUGUGAUGUCAGGAUUCCUACAUUGUUAUAACAUGAUAUAUCUAUAUGCCAGCAACCAUCUGUUCGCGAUGAUGAUCAAGAGUAGCCAGUCAACAACAAAAGGAAGUCAAGCUCUGAUAAAGAUUCUUAAUAGAAAUAUAUUGUGGCAUGCGUCAACAUAAACGAUGAAGGGGGUGCUUUUUAGUGUCCGUUUACGAGAGGUUCGACUGCCUCCAGUGACAGGUUUUGUCUGGUAAAUAUUACAGGUUACUCUUUAGCAGCCGGAUACAAAUGAUACACAAUUAACAAAUAGCAUUCUCUCUUUGCCAGCAGAUCAACUUAAUGAUUUGGUUAAAUAUGAUUCCAAGUUCGCACAAUUCAACAAUGGCUUUGACUUUGCAGCGAGACAGAUGAUAGCAGCACGUGGGCAGGUAUUAAUUAUACUCCAUCUACAACUAAGCUCAGAAACGACAGGUGAUACAUACUCACACUCACACACACAUUGUUAUCGUUUCUAUUUGACACUAUCAGUUCAUUUCAUUUCGAUUCAUUUUCGGUCAAAGCUAAGCUGCAAACUGAAAUCCAAGCACAUUUGAAAUAGUCAUAAUAAAUAACGUUACCAAACUAAAUACGUUUGAAAUAUCAAAAUUUUAGGUAGACAUUCCUUGCGUAAAAGUGUUAUUUCGGCAGGUAUAGUAAAUCCACCUGUUGGCUUUCAACGAACCUGCACAAAUAUGAUAAAGUGCUACAGUUCUUAAACAAACAAACAAAAACACGCACACACGCAUGCACGCGCUCACAAAUAAAAUGGGGUUUUAAUGUUUGAAAUUGGCAUUACCUUUUUUGCAUCAACUGCAGAAACGCUUUGGCGGAUCUCUUGCUUUACAGUAAAUUUAGAGCUCAUUUUGUAUCGGAUAGACUCUCCGAGCACUGCCAUACAUGUUAUACUUUUUACAUCACCCUUCUUUGACACAAAAAGCUUACUUAUAUCUCUAUUCGAAAGAUAAUUUUGAAGAACUGUCGCUGAAGUUGAAACUAAGCUGUUUUGAUAGCGCAAUUUAAUUAAGCACGUCACGCGAAAAAAAAAACGCAUGAGUGACAGUAGAAGUAUGAAGUUUCCAGAAAACUCGCCAAUAAUCAUGCUGCAGUUUCUAAGGGUAAUAAGGAACGUCAGUUGGAAGGAAACAAAACAAGAAAGUGUACAAAGGACUGGGCAAAAUAGAAGGAUCAGAAAUAGUCCGUUUAUAGCCCCAUGUUUGUUGUUUGGAAGGAUUUCACCAUUUUAGCUCUGCAUUCGCCUGUCACUGUAUUGUAGUAAUUGAGACCGUUAUUAAAAGGUACCAGUUGAACUCCACAAUAUGCUACAGUAGUCUUUUCCCACCACAUUACAAGCUAUUCAUGUGCUACGCAAGACAUUCACUGCCUCAUACAAGCUUCCUGUGGUAGUAUAGUACGAAAUCUUAAAGGAUUGAGUUACCGAGUGUCGCCGAAAUCACAUAAAACCAUUGCGUCCCACUCCACCGCCAUCAUUCAAUAUGGCGUCCUCAUCUAAGCGUAAAAGGUGCAGGCACCUGAUGAAGUCCCAUUCCGCCAUCAAACCAUGCCCACACUCAUAAACCAUGUAAAGACUCGUCUCAAACAGACACGCAAGCAACAAAUACAACUCAUUUCUCUACCCGACUGCUGUGCUUGCAGCAGUCAGAAAUAGAGAUAAAGAGAGACUGGAGACUGGGCAUAUAGAGAUAUAGAGAGAUAGAGACUGGGCAGUUAAAUCUCAAUGUUUCGGGGCUAUAAUCCCUCCUGUUAUCAGCCCAUAGCUUGGUAUCGUCACCGUUAGAGCACCUUGGGACGCCCAAGUGUAGUGCUAUCUUUGCCAGCCAAUGUACAUAAGGUAUAACGACCAACCUGUCCCUUUAUAGUAUACGUUUAAGCUGUUGAAUCUCUACAAGUUGUGUGUAUUACGCUCGAACGAAACUGCCGAAUUGUAAAGUGUUUCGUACCGACAUAUCCCCAGCAAGCGGCCACGCACAAAAUGCUGCAAGGCUUAUUAUGGCUUCAACAUACAACGUAGGACUGAACCAAGUAUUGGCGAAUUGAAACACCUAUAACAUUUACUUAAUACAAGAUGGGAUUAUGAUCUUCGUAUUAAAAAGAACAAAUUAUAGGUUUAAAUGUAUGUAUCUUUAGGAUGCUCUUUCUUAAGCUUAAGGUUAAGUCCUAGUUUCACGUUACAUUGACGUGCGUUCCAACAUAUCAGUCCCUUACUUUUGUUAAAGCCACGUUCUAAAAUAAAAUUCACAAAAAAGUUUAGCUGUCUGCACUGUCGAGAAUCCCAACUUUCUGGUGCGCAGCGGAAAAAAAUAAUAAAACAACUAAGAACGAAGUAUCGUUCGAACUGCAGUAAAGCAGUGUCCCUUCCGUAUUUAAUUCAGAUAUAGACGCAUGGUUAAGUUUUAAAAAAAUACUAACGUGCGGCACGACAGACAGCAGAAUACGGUAGACAACUCUAUAUAUUUUAAGAUGGCACUCCGUGUACCACCACGCGAUAGUGUGAUACAGCAAAAAACUGCAAGAAGUGGCUCAGUAUGAACUCACUACUUUUCUGCGUGUCAAGGAAAGGAAAAUGCCGACUCAUUGGACACUCAGCGGAGCGCUAUUCUUCUAUGGGUAUUCUGCAGCUCUUGUUUUACAACGAUCUCUAGACUGUCCUGUUGACACUCACUGCCACCACUGACUUGUAGUCCGUAGUGGUACCUUGCUGGGGAUUCCAAACGGAAGCGCAACGUAGCCGUUAUGUUGUACGCCGUUAUUUAUUGCUUCAAAGAUUAUUACGUGUUGAGCGACUUCUAUUAUAGUGUUUAGAGAUGUUACAUCCCCAAAUGAAGUAUCCUCGUUCGGCUCGGCAAGGCUUUGGUGGGUUCUUUAUCAAUGCCGAAAGUCUUUCGAUAUGCACCGUCAAAUAUAUGGCCCAGCGUAGAAAACGAAGUCCGGGUGUUUCUGUCGAAGGUGACUAUCAAAUGUGUAUCAUAGUGUAAAAUAAAGGAUACUGCACUGUC